CCUGCCCACCGGAACAAGCAGAUUAAUACGCUUGUAAAUAUUGCCUCUUAUUUCUAAUACACUGUAAAUAUGGCAAUAGCGCACGUGGCGACCGAAUACGUGUUUUCUGACUUUUUACUGAAAGAACCGAACGAGUCUAAAUACAAAGGGGUGCGUCUGGAACUGGCUGCGGACAAACUGGUGGCUUUCAUCGCGGUGGGACUCCCUCUGCUCCUCAUCUCUCUAGCCUUCGCCCAAGAAGUGUCUGUGGGUUCCCAGAUUAGUUGUUUCCCACCAGCAAACUUCACCCUGCGCCAGGCUGUGUAUGUGGACUCCUUUUGCUGGGUUGCUGUAGAGAACCAAACUACAGAGAAUGGCCGCCCCCUCUGGCUACAUAAGUUCUUUCCAUAUAUCCUUCUGCUGCUGGCCGUCCUCGUGUAUGUCCCUGCUCUUUUCUGGCGUUUCACGGCCGCUCCUCAGCUCUCCUCAGACCUCAGCUUUAUCAUGGGAGAGCUGGACCGCUGCUACAACCGUGCCAUCCGUCUGGCCAAGAGCUUGGCAACCAGUAGCCCAAGUGCCAAGGACAUCUCUGAGGACCCCCACAGUGGUCUGGAGGUGGCAGAGGGCUGUUUUAAGUACCCUCUGGUGGAACAGUAUCUGAGGACCAAGCGUGGGACAUGGACACUGGCGUGGAAGUACCUUCUCUGUCGGGUUCUCACUCUGCUCACCUUGCUGUUAGCCUGCAUCUACCUGGCCUACUACAUCUGCCUGGUGUCCCCCACUGACCAGUUCUCCUGCCAUUUAUACACAGGUGUGCCUGUGAAUGGGAGUGCUCCCGCUGCUGUAGAGUGUAAGCUGGUGGCGGUGGGCGUGUUCCGCUUGCUGAGCUGUAUUAAUGUGGGUGUGUACCUGCUGCUGAUACCUGUUGUGAUAUACUCCACCCUGUCACCCGCCCAUCCACACCAGCAUGGCCGCUUGCUCCGCCCCUACCGGCUCCUGCCAACAUUCGGCCACGCCCAGGGGCUGCAGUUGGCCUCCCGUCACUAUGACGACCUGAGCAUUUACCUCCUCUUCCUGAGGGAGAACUUGAGCGAGCUGAAGAGCUAUAAGUGUCUGCAGGUGUUAGAGUUGCUGACAGAGGGAGAGAGUGAAAGCCUUGACACAAUGUGUCUUCUGAGGACACUCGGACAAGUGAGGACCGAUUUGGUGGACAAACUGACCCCUAAUAUAGAUGGCAACAGUCAAUCAGCUCCCGUGAAGGAGGAAGCAGACUCUUUCAAGCUUAAAGAUGUCUCCACUGUGCUGCUGCAGGAUGGACAACAGAAAGAGCCCAGCUGUGGCUGUGGGAAGGACGUGAGGCAGAGAGUGGUCUGAGUUUCUCCAUCAGUGUGUUUGAGGGACAGGCAGACAGACAGAACCUGUGAAUUCAUGUCAUGCCGCGUAUGUCCUCCAUAAUGCGCAUGUACUUUAAUCUUAGUAGUGGCCGUUAUUCCGGUUCAUCUGGUACACCAGCUGAAAUUCCUCCUCAGGUAACUGUACUGGCUUCAGCAGACCCGUUAUACUGGUAAGCCACACAUAAGUGCAGAUAAUGCACAAUGUAAAACAGUACUGAAGCAUGAAUGAUGAUUGGAGGUGCGAGUGUGUGAUAUGAGAUAAAUGAGCUGGAGUUGGCAUCUUUUUUAAAUUUCCUGUUUCACCUCAGUGGUGCAGCAGUUUGAUUCAGAUGCCAGAAUACAACUGCUACUCCAUUGAAGGCGGACCUUUAAAUUUAAACAAAAAGCCGCUAAAGAAGAGGCCAACUUAGAAAUUCAGAUAUAAAACAACAGUCAGCACCGUUUUUGCCAGGCCUGCAGCUUGAGAAUGUAUUUAUACUGUAAUAUAUGGACAUUUUAAGUGUACUGUAGGCAAAAUCGUCCACUACUAAUUCAUCAAUGUACUUAAAUGUGCUUCUGCAACUGUUUGUACAUGAAGUGUAAAAAUCAAUCAAAGCCCAUUUAAACAGUAACUUGCCUUAAAUGGUAUAUUGUAGAAAAAACAACUCAAGAUUUCUUUACAGUGGUGGUGAUAGGAACCAGAAGUCAUGAUGUUUACAACACAAAUAUGGCCUCUUUAUGUACUGUCCAAAACGACCUGUUGAUGUAAUGUUAAUAAUACAACAUUAGUAGUAAAUAGGAAAAAAUAAGCUUCUUAUUAAUGAGUUUUAGGCCGCUGUCUUAUAGCAACAGUAUCAUUAGCCAAUAUCUCAGGCAGUGUAUUCAUAACCAUUCUACAUUCCUGUUUGGUCACUUUUAGAGGUGUUAAAUGUUUUGGGUGCCUGGUUUCUAUCGAUGCAGCUGUGAACAACUACGACUUUGUAAGACAGUUAGUUCAAUGGGAAUUACAGAGUCCAAUCAGCACGUUGUUAUUACUCGUGCAGUGCUGGAUAAAGAACUGUAUUAAAUAUAAA